AUGGAGAGCGAGAAGCUGACGUAUGGCGACGUGGUGUGUCUGGGAUGCAUGGAUCUGCACGGGUACCUGACGGGGUCAGGCCUCGUGGACGAGCGAGUGCGAUGCGAGAUUCUGGACGAUAACGUGGACGUCCCACCUUGCCUCGAUAACGCCAAGUUUGAAGUGCGCAUCAAGUACCAGUACUCGCUGUGGAACACCAAGGACGACGCGCACGGCAGCAGCGUCGCCCGCCCGGGCCACAUUCCACCCAAGGAGGGGGAAGGUGCCAGUAAAGCAGAGCAGGCGUUUAACAAUGCGGAGUUUGUGCGGUCGGUGGGCAGCCCAGUGCUGUACGGGCAGGUGGUGCAGCUGCUGCACGUGUCCAGCCACAAGUUCCUCACUGUCAAGCGCACCCAGUCCGAGCUCGAAAAGUCCCACCUCAAGGUGGUGCUGCAGAAAGGUGGAGACAUGGGCUCCUGGUUCUGUGUCACUCCAACCUACAAGAUCAAGAGGGAAGGAGAGCACGUGGCGUUCGGGGAUGCAGCGACCUUCACAAGUGUCAAGUUCAACGGGGCUGGUCUACGAGUCUCGGAGGGGUCAUGCGACACUACAGUCAUGGGCGCACACCCAUACGUUGCAGAUACCAGAGAAGUGAACGCAGGGCCUGAGAUGGCGGGGUGGCGCAUCAUCCCGUUCGCCCUGCACGAGUCUCGCAUCCCCAAUGCACGGCAGCUGCUCAAGGGAGGAGAUGCCGUCAUGCUCAUCCACAGGGCGAGUGAGAUGAAUCUGGUGUGCGAUGAGGGCAAAGUCGUCUUUGAAGCCCGCAAGCAGGAUGGGGGUCCGAGCUCCAACGCGCUGUGGAUGGUGCAGCCCACGUGUGUGGAGUGGGGAGGCCGCCCUCUGCCCUAUGACCAGGGCUUCACGCUGCGCCAUCUGGCAUCGGGGUUGUUCCUGGAGUCGAAGCGCCAGCCGCAGAGCUCUCAGGACCUCCGCCUAGACGACUUCAGUGGAGCGCUGACAGUGACGGACCUGUAUCGCAAGCCCAGCACCAUAUGGACCAUCGGAGCUGUCACUCAGGGCUAUGAUAAGUCUGCCGUGCUCUAUCAGUCGCUGCUGCGCUGCCAGGGCGUACACGGGUAUGUGUCAGGGGGCCUGGGAGAGUACUCAAUGACAGCGGGGGACUCGUCAAGCCGUGCGCUGCUGGCGCAGCUCGACUCGCUGUACGAGCGCAAGUCGGCAGGCCUCACCCAGUCCUGGGACCAGAAGGACGCACUGGUCUUUGAGGUCGCUUCACACCAAGCAGUCAAGCUCACAUGCACGCAAGCGCACUCGGCGGCGUGUGUGCGCAACUUCGUAGCAGCGCUAGACAGGGUGGACGACAUCGAGCCCUGCGCGGACGACUACCAGCUCAAGAAAAGCAUUCGUUCCUCUGGCCUCCUGCAAGUUCUUCUCAAAUACGGCCCGGCAGUGUCGGAGCAGUUGGAGCGGUUGAUUCGCGCGCUGGUGGUGUCUGACAUGCCUGAUGUGCUCAACCUCAGAGGCCCUCCCAACCAAGUCUACCAGGUACUCCAGCGGGAGCAGAAGGUACUAACAGGCGUGAUGACCAUCCUCGAAACCCUCCUCAUCCGCAAGGGCCUUCCCCAGAACAGCAUCAUGCACCCACACCUGUUCGGCGGCUUCGACGUGCGCCGUCUCUGCAAGCUCGUGAACCGCUACCUGCAGGCGGCGUGCCGGCGGUGCCGGCCGAAUCAAGACCAGCUGGCGCCGUACAUCCCGCUGCUGGAGCAGCUCGUGGGGAACGAGAUCUACACGUCUGGGACUCUCAUGGCCAUCGUGGCUGAUAAUGAACACAUCAUCUCGUCCGUGACCGUGGAGAAUAUCCGGCAGCGCAUCAUAAACUGCCGCACGUUCCAGCGGCCGCGGGACAUCCGCUUCCUGAACAUCAUCUGCAGCUGCGGGGGAGCGCCCGUGCGCACGAACCAGAACGUGGUGGUGGACAUUCUCAAGGAGAACAGCGACGUGCUCGUCAAGGCGCGCGUCGCGCCCUCUGAGAACGGCGUGGGCGAGGAGACGCUGCUGCUGGAGCGCGACGGGCUCGUGGUGGACUGUGGCGCGCUUGAGAGUCUGGAUAAGCUCGGCGCGCACUCCGACUCUAUUCACCGCUCGCCGCAAGAGGUGCUGUUUCUGUUCUACGUGGUUACACUGGAGCUGUUCUGCACGCUGUGCAUGCAGCGCAACCGCAAGGCGAUAGACUGGCUGAUAGAGGACAGCGACCUGUACGGGCUGGACUACCACACGCUGCGCAUGGUCGUCUUCAACCCCUCGCUGCCCUUCUUCCUGCGCACCAACUGCUGCCGCCUCCUCACACACCUCUACAUUGACCGGGAGCCCUUUGAGGAGCGCUCCUACACGCGCCUUGUGCUCACCUGGCCGGCCAUAGACAACCGUCAACCAUUCCCGGAGGAAGAAUCAUCAGAGGAGGACGACGUGUCACGAGCCAUGGCAGACCCGUUCCUGGCCUUCCCUCACAAGGCACCGGAGCCGGGCUUCACAGCGCUCAAGCACAACAUCCUCGACUUCCUGCCCUCCACCACGCUCGCUCAGACCAACUCCCGCCCCGGCCAGAGCUCUCUGACUUUUGCCGUGCUGCAGACGGCCAGCCUGAUGCUGCGGUUUGGGCUGUUUGGGAGCUUUUCUGGGCAGGGCGAGGAGGGGAUAGCGCCCAUUGUGGACGCCGUGAUCCCGCUGCUGGAUGGCCGGUCGGAGAAGUGGGGUGGGGAUGGGGCUGCGGGCGGGGAUGCCCUGCGGUUCAAGAGCGAUCCUGAGUCAAACAUGAAUACUGUCAUGGAGGUGGGUGUGGGUGGGUUGAACGCUGAAGGUCCUGGGGAGGCUGCUGGGGCAAUGCGUGGGGCGAAGGGGAAAGGGGGAAAAGAGCAUGCAUGCAUGGCAAGCAUUGUGGGCCAUAUGAUGUGCCCUGCGCUGCGCAUGUGUAUAUUUGACAUGCACGUAGCAUCACUCUCGCCUUUUUCCUGCACCCGCUCUCUCCUUCCAUCUAACCCCCACCCCCCCAACCUCUCACAGGCCAAGACAGUGAUAUGCUCCAUGCUCAUGUACAUAUUCGACAUGCGCAGCAACUGGUGCAUCACCACGGCGUUCGACGCCUACUCGCGCCUGGGCGACCGUGCCACCACAGUGCCGUGGGACAUGCCCGCCAACCUCUCCCGCACCGCACAGGACCCCACCGACGUGCCUUCUCCGGCAAUCGGCGCACCUCCCUCCCCUGCAGCAACGCUCGAUGCCACUUCCACCGCGACUACCCCUGCGACUCAGGACGUGAACGGCUCGCACUCCGCUCUUGCGCGUGCGUUAGCCGCUGUCGACGGUGCCACGAGUCCUCACGGGGAGAGAGCAGGGGGCUCGGGGGGAGCAGGCGCGGCGGGGGUGGGCGUGGGUGGGUUACCACAGUCAGGCAGCACGGGGGGGCUGGCUGCAGUGGCGCUAGCAGCCAUGGCAGCCUCAAAAGAGUCCAGCCGCAAGUCCAUGUGGCGUGGCAUGCGGCUCAAACUUGAAGCCAACAACCUCAAGACGCACGGCCGCGCCACCUUCCGCAUGUUCCCGCCCGAUGCAUCGGUGUUUGAGGGCUUGAGUGGGCAGCUGUUCAAGCGGCCGGCGCUGAGUGCACUUGUGGAGCGGGUGUCGGAGGGAGGGCUGCCGUACAUGCUAGAGGUGUUGUUGGAUCUGACGCGGUACCAGUACGCGCCACUCAAGGCGUAUGCGUUCUCGCUGAUUGAUCGCUACAUGACGGAGAAGGCGUCGCUGCUGCGCAAGAUGCUGGAGUGCCACAUCAUUGUGGAUGCGGACAUGAUGCUCGUCUACAAGCAGGUGGCUCGUGACGUGAGUGUGCUGCGCAGCCUGCAGGGCUGGCUGGGCAGUGACGACUCGCGUCUGCGAGUGGAGGUGCGGCGGCGGUGCGUGCGGCUGCUGGGGCGGUUCAAGGCCAUGUGCACGGUGGGGCCGGGGCAGAACGAAGCACAGGUGCUCAAGCACCAGACCAUCCUGCAGACUGUCGGCGCUCACCUCUGCUCCGUGGACCUGCUGCGCACGCCCUUCCGCAGAGUGGCAUCGCACGAGCCGGGAGUGAUGGACUGCAUGAGCGACAGGGGCCUGCAGGACCUCUUCUCAGCCGCCUACCAGUUCCUCGCCAUGUUCUGUGCGGGGGUGGUGAACGAGGAGCUGCAGCUAGCCCUGCACGCGCACAUGGGCGUGUUCCUGCCGCACCGGGGGCUGGCGUCGCUGAACGUGAUGGCGCUCCUGUGCGCGAUGCUCAAGGACAACUACGAGCUCUGCUCCACCGUGUCGCACGACCACCUGUGGGCCUGCAUCAAGCUCAUCCUGCGCUACGGCAAGCGUGCCACCUGGCUGCAGUUCCUCGAGACGGUGGUGCUGGUGAACGGGAAGCCGAUAGCGCGCAACCAGAUGAUGGUACUGGACAUGAUAAUCGACUACGACGACCAGAUCUCUGGCCUGCCCCACUCGCCCACGCACUGGCGCUGGCGCGAGGCUCUCAUGCGGCGCAACGAGCACGUGGCAGCAGGGGUGGACAGCCAGCUGCGCUACCACACCGCGUACGUCUCCCUCAUUGCUGCGUGCUGCUGGGGGAACAACCCUGCGAACGCGGUGAAAGUGAGCGGGCUGGUGGGGCUUGGGGACAUCAUGGCCACGCUGCUGUGGCUUGCGAGUGAGACUGCUGUGAGCGCGGACGCGGAUUCUGAGGACAUGGAUGACGCGGGGUGGGAUGAGGAGGAGCUGAUGGAAGAAGUCGAGGAGGGGGAGGAGGGAGAGGAGGACCGGAAGGGGGAUGGGGGGGAGGGUGGAGAGGAAUCGUCCGAGGUGUGGAAUUUAGAGAUCAGUUCGGAUGGGGAUACCCAAGAGGUGGACUCGUGGUCCACGGUCACAUCUGAAACCAGCUCUAUUCGCGGUGUGAAGCGGGGGGGAGGCGGUGGGAACGGCAGCGGGCGCUUGCAGGCCUCGGGAUCGUCCCAAAGGCGUCUUGAUCCCCGCAUGUCGCGCAGCUUCCCUGCUAUUCUGAGCCAGAAGGAAGCAGCUGGGGCGUCGCUGCAGGCCAAGGGAAGCCAGAGCUUGAAGGUCAGCCGGCGCGGACAGGGGAUGUUUGACGAGGCGGGGAGAUAUGUGUGGGGGGAGGACGAUGAGGAGGACGACGAGGGGUUGUGUGAGGAGGAGGAUGAGGAGGGGGUGGCGAGGACAGAGCAGGCGCGGGCCAUGUGGCGGAAGACCAACUCCAUGCGCACGUGGCGGGGCGAGGCGAGCGAGUGGGAGUGCCGGGCAAUUCCCCUAGAGGCGGUGCACGCGGUGAAGGCUGCGUAUGUGCGGCUGCUGCACCAGGCGUAUGUGACAGGGCAUAGCGACCGAGCGACAGCCGAGAUCAGGGACGAGGGCAACGGCAUGUGGCCGGACGCGCGUGACUCGGAAGGGGACGGGCGCGGUGCAGCCGGGGGUAUCAGAUCGCCGCGUGCUGGAUCAGCUGGUGGUGCCAGCGAGCUGGGUGCCGGUCCAUCGAGUGCUGAGAAGGCGGCGGGGUGGCGUGGGAUGAGCGGGACGGUGGGGAUGCGGGGGCAGCCUGUAUCGCUCAUGGAGGACACAGUCACAGAGCUGCGCCUUGCAGCAGAAGAAAGCUUCGACCACGCCGCACCGGAGGGGUCUGCGCUACACUACGUGACGACAGCAGCGCUGCCCAUGCUGUCGGCUUAUUUCAAGCGCCAUUUCACGUCCCGCGCUGCCCUCCCGGACUCCCACCGGCGCGUGUUGGACGAGCUCGUGUCGGGGAUCUGGGAGCUGUGCUCGCAGCUGCCGGCGUCGCAGCAGGAGGCGUGUGUGCGGUGCGUGGAGGAGAUGAAAGCGGCGGGCGCGCUCAAGGGCACCAUGUACGACCCGCUGCUGCUGCCCUUCGCCAUGGACCGGCAAAUGUCGCGCCUCAAGUCGUCCGAGCUCGCGCGGAAAGGCGCGGUGUUCAAGAGCAACUGGGUGAACUUCUCGCGCCUGUUCUCACACACGCUGGAGAUCACAGAUCUGCACACCAUGGAAGGGUCGGGCGCUAGAGACCUCGCUCUGCUGCUCUCGCAGCAGCGCCUGGUGAUGAACUCCGUGCCGCCGUUCCAUUACUCCGAUGUUGUGCGGCAGCUCACGCUGCUGCUCUCGGCGCCCAAGAUCCCCGAUGAGAUGACUCCAGACCUCAUCGUGCGCUUCCUGCGCGUGUGCAGCGCCAUGAUCUACCUAACAGAAGACACCGACACCAGAUCCGACCUCCCGGCAGGAGUUUCCGCGUCCGCAUCCUCGUCCGUGCCGACCUCUGUCUCUGCCACUGCCUCUUCGACCUCCACCACGUGGCUAGUGAGUGACGACCGCAAGCCCUUGGUAGCCAACAUCACGCACUCCCUCGGUGCUGCUGUGGGGGCCGUGCCUGCUGCCACAGGCGCUGCCGCGGGCGCUUCUGGUGCGGCAGGCGCGGGGGAGAAGCGGGAGGAGCAGGUGUCAGUAGGGCUGCUGGUGCUGCGGCCGGAGGAGAAGGCGCGGGCGAUGAGCAAGUGGGAGAUGUUUGAAGCGUCCCUUCCCGUGCGCUACUCCAAGUCGUCUCUCGACGCUCUUGACCGCGUGCAGUGCAAAUACGCGGACCUCGGCCUGGCAGAGUGCGCCGUGCGCCUCGUGAGCCACGGCAACCAGUGGGUGCAAGCCGAGGCGGUGAAGCUCGCGAUCGCACUCACAGACGAGGGAAACAGCAAGGUACAGGAUCUUAUGUACGCUGUUCUGGUGGAGGAUGGGCAGCUGUUCUUCACUGUCCAAAAGGUGCUAGCUGCUGCGUCUGCCACUAUCAAGUUUGUGCGCAAGGGGCUGGAUAAACAGGAGGCGCGCGCCAGGAAGGAGGCUGCUGGGAAGCGGCAGAUGCAGGAGAUGGCAGGGGAGGGGUUCGGGGAGGACAGAGAGGGGGCUGGGAGUGAGAGCGCCCGUGGCAGCGUGAGCGGGUUUUUCCGGGGGAGGAGUGUGCCGACGACCAUGCCUCGUGCAUCCUCUGCUAUCAGCUCAAGAGGGGGACGAGUGCAGGCUGCCGACACAUCUGCAUCGUCGGCAUCUGCUGCGUCAGCCGAAGCACCAGCAGCAGCAUCUGCAGCGGCGGGAGCGGAGGGUGGAGGGUCGGUGUUAACUCCCUCUAUGCGCUCGCGGCUCCUCCAUGCAGCGGCCAUGAUGAGACGGGCUGCUGCCACUGAGGCAGCAGGUGGGGAGGGACCCAAAGCGGUGGAGCAGCAGAAGGAAAAGGAGGGUGGGGCGGGAGGAGCGGAAGCGAGCAGUGGGGGGAAGCAAGAGGAGGCGGGAGAGGUGGUGCAGGAGGAGGAGCGGGAGCGGGUAGGAUCGUUACGGGCCUUUACCAAGUCCAGGUCGUUGCGCAUUCCCCGGGUCACUCUAGCUGACAGCCCCAGUAUUGCUUCAGACGAUGCUCUCACAGCCCCUGCUGCUGCCAGGGCCACACCCACCGGCAGGGGCGGCAGCAAGACGCGGCAGCCGGGGCUCCCAAAGGCCAGUUCGAGGGGCAUCAGUGGCAGGAGAGAGACCGGGGAGGUGGAAUUUGGUGGAGGGUUCGCUGGGGAGUCUGGUGCUGGCGGUGGAGGUGACAGCAAGGGCGGAUCUGGCCUGCGCAUGUUCCGCCGCGCCGUGUCCUCUGUUGUGACUCGUGAACUGCCGCGCUCCUCCUCGUCUGCUGCGCACUUCCCCAUGCCCCGCACGCGCGCGUCCAUGGACGCUCAUGUCAAGGCGGGGCGGCGCGUGGAGGGCAGUGUGACGCGCGAGGAGGAUGAGGACGAGGAGGAGAGCGAGGGGCGGUUGCAGCAGGAGGAGGAGGAUGGGUUCCAGUUGUGGAACGUGGAGGAGUCGGCGAGUCACAAGGACACCACGCUGCACAAGAAGGCGUGGGUGGUGCUGUCGGGCCAUGUCACUAACGUGCUGCGCAUGCUUCAGCUGCUGUGCGAGGGGCACAACGCGCGCAUGCAGCGCUUGCUGAGAGUCCAAGAUGACACAAUGGCAGCAGGUGCUGUUGCUGGUGGUGGCGGCGGCGGCGGGGGCAUGGCGUAUGACUCGGGGCCGUGGGGCGGGGGGAGAGGCGCGGGGGGCAGCGGUGCGGGGAGCAACGGGCGCAGUGUGAACCUGCUGCAGGAGAUCAUAGUGUUCCUGGAGCAUCUGCAGCCGUCGCUCGACAAGAACCUGUCCCAGCACAACCCACUGUUUGCUCAAAUUGCUCUUCAGGCCCUGAACACACUCCUGGAGGCGAUUCAGGGUCCGUGCUUUGAGAACCAGCUGGCGCUGGUGCGGUCCAACUUCCUCUCCAUCACACAGCGCAUGAUGGCCAGCCUUACGUACCGUGACGAGCGCGUGCCCGCCCCCGACGAGCACGGGGAGGGGGGCGAGCAGCCCGUGCGGUUCAGCCCGGAAGUGAUCGCUAAAGUGCUCAGCUACACGGCGCUCGGGGAUAGACCCGCUGGCAGCCUCGACUGCCCCAUGCUUGGGCCAAAUGACCUGCGCACAUGGGUGCGCAACGGCAUCCUGUCAGUGUACCUCUCCCUGCUGGAGGAGAUCGGCAGCAACCACGAGAUCCCCAGCAAGAUGGCCGCAGUCAUUGACUUCUCAGCGCUGCUGCAGCGCUGCCGCUACGUGCGCGGCACCAUCCUCAACGAGUUUGACGCCUUCUCCUCCACGGCAGCCCGCAGGUUCCGCGGCCGCUCCACGCUCUCGCUUUCUGAGAUGCUCGAAGCCACUGGACUUGCUGCUGUUGCCGCCGCUGCUGGUGCUGGUAGUGGUGGUGGUGCUGGUGGUGGGAAUUCCGCUGCCAGUGGCAGCAAAUGGGGGGGUACUGGUGCUGCGGCAGCGCCCGGGGGAAGCAACAGCGGCAGCGGCAGUGGCGUCGGUGGCAGCAGCAGCGGCGGGAGUGGUGGUGCUGGUGCGGGUAGCAGCGGAGGUGGGAUGGGCGAGGGAGGGGACAGGGCAGCAGGCAGUGGGGGUGAGCAGGAGGGUGCAUCACGGCAGGAAGGGUCGAAGCUGCCGCUGUGGAUGACGUUCAAUUCAGAUGCUCUGAACCACCUGCUGCCAUCCGAAGUGCUCAACUCUCUCAUGAUCAUGAUCAAGCUAGACGAUUUCGACCGUUGGAUGUUCGCUAGUAGCGAAGCCAGCAACGCCAGCAGCAGCAGCAGCGCUGCGCUGGCAGCGCGCGAUUGGUCGGGCGCGGGCGGGCGCAGAGCGAUGUUUGCGACGUGCACGUACUCGAUUCUCAAGUGCGACAAGCCGCAGCGGUGCGGCACGCUGUGCUUCGGCCACACGCUGGCUGUGAGCGACUCAGAGCUGCAGAACUUCUUCUCGCACUCGUCGUGCGCCAUUGAGGUGGUGCGCGAGGGGCAGCUGGAGAAGGUCUACUUCCCUCUCACGGCCGAGUGCCGCCGCCUGUCACGCGACCCCGUGUGGACCAUGGCAGCAUUGGAGGAGCUGUAUGACGUGCCCCGGGAAAACCCCAUCCAGAAGGUGCAGCACUUCAUGCGGGCGGCGCGAGUGCUGGUGCUGAAGUUACAGCACUACGAGCGCAUGCGGCACCGGCACCCGUGGGCGGGCUGGCUGCAGGACAUGCUGCCGCAGAUCAAGCGCCUGCCCUUCUACACCUCCAUCCUCAUCGUCACGCUCAUAGUCUUCAGCUACGGGCAGACCAUGCAGCCCUGGGCGCACUAUGCCUUUGCGCUCGCGCUCAUUCGCGUGCUGGGGCUGCUGCAGCUGCUGGUGACGAGCCUGGCGCUUGUGGGAUUCAUCUGGCUCGAGUCGCCGCUGCUUGUUUUGAAGGAUGUUGCUGGGGAUGAGCGAGAGGCCGAUAUCUCAGAGCGCAUGACUCGGGGCGAUGGGGCAGCAGUGGAUGCAGGGGAGGCAGGUCUGGACCAGCGGCUGAACGAGUCCAUGGACCUGCGAGGCGUGCCCAAGUCACUGCUCUUCCGCAACCUCGACUUUUGGUACUCCGUGCUCAUGGUCGUCGCCAGUGUGUUGGGGCUAUCAGUGUCGCCCUUCUUCUUCGUCUUCCACCUGCUCGACUUUAUCAUCUACCAUCCCUCGGGCGCCAUUGUGCUCAAGUCCGCGUAUGUGGGUGGCCCUUUACUAAUCCGCACGGGCCUCGUGGGCAUCCUCGUGAUCUUCAUGUACUCAAUCGUCUCCUUCCUCGCAUUUGCCGGUCACGACGACUUUGCCUGCACCACGCUCUACGAGUGCAUAGGACUGCAUCUCGUGAAUGCCAUAGCGAGCAGCAGCAUUGGCGGGCUGUGGCAGGCGUGGGACACGGUGCCCACGUCGGUGGUGACGGAUGUGUGGCGGCAGCUGCGCACCGUGUUCAUUGUCUCCUUCCUCAUCGUCUGGGUCUUCCUGCUGCAGAACAUCUUCACUGGACAGAUUGUCGAUGCCUUCACCUCCAUUCGAGAUGAGAAAGCAGCCAAGGAAAAGGACCUCGACGACAAGUGCUUUGUGUGCAGCAUCGACCGGUUUGCAUUCGAGCAGCGGCUGGGGGGGUUCGUGGAGCACAUAGCGCACGAGCACAACCCGCUGCACUACCUCUUCUACAUCGAUUAUCUCCUCAAGCGCAACCCCACUGAGUACACGGGUCUCGAGUCCUUCGUGCGCGCGCACCUAGACGCGUCCAACUACGACUGGAUCCCUAUCGGCCGCGCCAUGCACACGGACCGGCUGCAGCAGGUGCGCGCGAAGCAGAACGACAACCACGCGUCGCUGGACUCCAUGCGUGCCGCCAUUGACCGCAUGGAUGCGCGCAUGCGGUUGCUAGAGGCGAGUAUAGACUCGCUACGAGGGGAUGUGGGCCGCGCGUCGGUGCGCGUGAAGGGGGGCAACAGCAUGGGGCGGCUGGGGAGCAUGAAGGAGAGCAGCUCAGGGGGAGGGUUCAAGAGGAGCCUGGCCUCGGGAUCGUCGUCACGGUCUGAGUCGUUCCGGCGCACCAAGACGAUUGCAGUGGGUGAUAGGGGCGUGGCGCGGGCGGAGUCAAGAGGGGGUGGGGGUGGUGGGGCAGCAUCGGCACGGAUCAGAGGGGCAAAGAGGUAG